AUGCAGUACGUCAGAAGUAUCAGCGGUUCGGUAUCUAAGACAUGGAACUCAAUCAAUCCGGCCACCCUCAGCGGUGCCAUCGACGUGAUAGUCAUUGAGCAAGAAGACGGAACACUUGCAUGUUCGCCGUUCCAUGUCCGUUUCGGCAAAUUCUCCCUGCUUCGACCGUACGAGAAGAAGGUCGAGUUCAGUGUCAAUGGGGUCAAGCAAGACUAUGCAAUGAAACUCGGGGAGGGCGGGGAAGCCUUUUUCGUAUUUGAAACCACUGGCGACGUCCCAGAAGACCUGCAGACUUCUCCCGUCAUAUCACCCGCUAUCAGCCCGCAGUCGUCGCCAGAAGGGACCAGUAACAGCAGUGCCUACAACCUACAAGAACCCGAGUACCUCGACCUUACCUCAAAGUCGUCUACCCCUCCGAAACAGCCACGCGCGAUAACGGAACCCCUCUUGAAUGGCGAGGCUGAGCCCCCUUCGCCUAUCGCAAAGAAUGCCCACGAAAUAGGCCAUAAGCUAGACAGGUCUCGGUCCGAUGACCUGCUGGACGCAGGCCGUGCAAAUGGCCUGGGUGCAAACAGUUCACCGCAGACCACGCGGUCCCAGAGUCCGCCCCCAAUAUCCCGCCAAGAGGCAUACUCUAGAGCCAUUUCGCUGUCCAAAAAGCUAUCUGGGUCCAAUAUUCCUUCCAAGGUCACCGAGAGCGGUGACCUAAUGCUUGAUAUGACCGGAUACAAAAGUAGUGAAGACGAUGCCCUGAGAGCAGAGGUGGUAGCCCGUAAGAUUCUGGCCGAAGAGCUGGAAGGAAACUACGAUAUCGGUGCCUUGAUUGGAGCUGAUGAGCACGGCAACCUGUGGAUCUACAGUAGUGAAGAGGCCAAGGAGGCCGCUGGUCGUAAGGCUUCCUAUAACACUAUCCAGCACCAUAACGGUAUGGCAGACGACGCCAUAUCGGACCCAGGAUACCAAAGCGACAAUGAUCAGCUAGACUAUAAUAACCACCCACAGAAACACCACCGUUCUCAGUCGGAUGCGCAACUAGAAUACCCUACCCCGCCGCAAACUCCAACAGAUAAGCAACAGGAAAACGGCCGUAGCUAUGCGAAGACCUUGCGGUUAACGAGCGACCAGCUUAAGGCACUCAACCUCAAGCCUGGUGCAAACCCGAUAUCGUUUAGCGUCAACAAGGCCGUCUGUCCCGCUACCAUGUACCUAUGGAGCUACAAGGUUCCCAUUGUCAUCUCAGACAUCGACGGGACCAUCACCAAGUCUGAUGCUCUCGGGCAUGUUCUAAACAUGAUUGGUCGGGACUGGACCCAUCUCGGUGUUGCGAAGCUCUACACUGACAUUGCGAGCAAUGGCUACAACAUCAUGUACCUAACAAGUAGAUCUACCGGCCAGGCGGACACCACCCGAGCAUAUCUCAAAGGGAUUUUGCAGGAUGGAUAUAAGAUCCCCCAGGGCCCAGUGAUCAUGAGCCCUGACCGAACAAUAGCCGCACUACGGCGUGAGAUAUACCUCCGCAAACCGGAAGUAUUCAAAAUGGCCUGUCUGCGCGAUAUCCUUAGUCUUUUUGAAGGGCGUCAGAAUCCCUUCUAUGCCGGAUUCGGUAAUCGCCUUACCGAUGCACUCAGUUAUCGAUCCGUUAAUAUCCCCUCAACCAGGAUAUUUACCAUCAACUCCAACGCAGAAGUCUCGCUUGAUCUUCUCAGCUUAACCAAGUAUAAGAGCAGCUACGUGACAAUGAGGGAGCUGGUCGACCACUUCUUCCCGCCAGUCAGCACACUUGUGCAAGAAGGCGGCGAGGAGUUCACAGAUUUCACAUAUUGGAGGGACCAGCCGAGGGAGCUAGACGAAUUUUCGCUUACCGACACCGACGUCGGCUCAGAUCGAGCUGACGAUGACGAUGAGUUUGACACCGAUCACCGCAGCGGUAUCCGCGAGACCUAUAUAUCUCGCGACUCGAUAGAGAUUUCCGGCGAUAUGCAUGAUUCGAUACAUGACUCCGUAUACGAGGACAUGGACGAUAUCUCUGAAGAAGACGAAUACGAUGAAGAAGACGGCCGGCGGAUGUCUGAUGAGGUUCCUGCACCGUCAGGCGAAGAUAACGAUGAUUCCGGGGUACCCAGGUCUCCGGCACGCACUCCCAGAACCCUUCCUGUCCGCUAG